AUGGGUACCAACGUCAAUAGCUCAAGCGUCACUGCUAAGCCCAGUAGCACGGCCAUGCACACUGUUAGUGUUUUCACGGGAAAAACCACCAUUCAGCAAGACUUGACACAACUCUGGACACUUGAGUCCAUUGGGAUAACUGACAAUGGCAGUGAAGCUCUGACGGCCUCAGAAACCCAAGCGGUUAAACACUUUGAAAGCAACACCAUCAUCCAUAAUGGGCGGUACGAGGUCUCCCUCCUUUUCAAGGUAAACCCCCCCGCGUUGAACAACAACUUUCCCCAGGCAUUAAAAUGUUUUGAAGCACUGCAACGCCGGUGGAAACGAAACCCUUCGUUUUCUACAGCUUAUCACCAAGCCAUGCAGGAAUACUUUGACAAGGGUUUUGCCCAUAUCGUUCCACCACACGAGGUGAACACGGGAAAUCAUGUCUUCUACCUCCCGCAUUCGGCAGUUAUUCGCAAAGAAGCCGUCACCACAGAAGUCCGCAUUGUCUUUAAUGGCUCGGCCAAGUUCAAGGACACCUCUCUGAAUCAGCAAUUGCUGAUUGGACCAAAAUUGCAAAAAAAUAUUGUCGACAUCCUUCUUCGAAUGCGAACGAGUCCGAUUGUACUAGCUGGGGAUGUUUCUAAAAUGUUCCUGCAAAUCAAUCUCAGUCCGAAUGACCAAGAUGUGGUCAGGUUCUUGUGUGAAAAUCCAAAAUCAGGCGAAGUUCAGAUUUGUAAAUUUUCAACCCUCGUCUUUGGCCUAACUUGUUCCCCUUACUUGGCAAAUGCUGUUAUUCAACAUCUGGCCAAAAACAACGCUCAAGAUCACCCUUUGGCGAGUAAAAUCCUGCAAAAUGACAUCUAUGUUGAUGAUGUUUUUAUCUACGCGGACACAGCAGAUCAGGCAAUUGAGCAACUUCAAGAUGUCACCAAAUUAUUGGAGAAAGGAGGAUUCAAUCUAACAAAAUUCAUUUCAAACUGUCCAGAAGUAUGUAAAAGAAUUACGUCGGACAAGCUCAACCCAAAGGCUCUUUUGGACCUUCAGGAAGAUGAACAAAAGGGAAAAACUUUAGGUGUGUCAUUCCACACCAACACGGAUGAAUUAAUUUAUAAAAUUCAUUCCAUGGCCUCCACUUGGGACACAAGCAUGCCAGAAACAAAACGGAGUGUCUUAUCCAAGUUGGCCAGCAUUUUCGAUCCACUAGGUCUCAUAUCUCCUCACACCAUCCUCUUGAAGAUAUGUAUGCAAAACGUUUGGAAACAUACCAAUAUUGAUUGGAACGAUACUUUGCCUCCCGCAAUUCAGACUGAAUGGAAUCAGGCCAUUCAAUCUUUGCUCAGCCAGGAAACGUUGCGAUUCCCAAGGUACAUUGGAUUACCUGGCAGUCAACAACAAGCAGAAUUACAUAUCUUUUGUGACGCUUCUCAAAAGGCCUACGCAACUUGUGUGUACGUGCGCUACGUAAGCAACGACAAGGUCAAAGUCACCCUAUUAAUGGCAAAAGAGCGUGUAGGCCCCACAAAAGCCCUUACCCUCCCGCGAUAA